UACUCUUCUACUCUGCUUCUACCCUGUUCCUCUCUCUCUCUCCCUCUCUCUCUCUCUCUUGUUUCGUCAAAGCUUAACCCUAACUCUAUCUCCAGGGCCAGUAAUUAAAAUCCACCUGCUUUCGAAGUCUUCAUGCCCUACAUUCCAAUUCCCAAAUUCAACCUUCGAGGUCGUCGGCAAUGGAGGAUCUCUCUGAGCUAAAGAUUGGGAAUUCCGUCGAGUCCUUCCACAAGUUCGUCGACUCGCAGAGGGAGCUCUUCCACCGCCAGAUCGAUGAGCUCCAGAAAAUCGUCGUCACCCAAUGCAAGCUCACCGGCGCCAAUCCUCUCUCCCAAGAGAUGGCAGCUGGUGCUCUUUCUAUUAAUAUUGGAAAAAGACCUAGAGAUUUGUUAAAUCCAAAGGCUAUCAAGUAUAUGCAAUCCGUUUUUUCUAUUAAAGAUGCGAUUACGAAGAAGGAAUCUCGGGAGAUCAGUGCGCUGUUCGGGGUUUCUGUCUCACAGGUUCGUGAUUUUUUUAAUAGUCAACGAUCCAGAGUUAGAAAAAUAGUUCAGUUGUCAAGGGAGAAGGCCAUCAGAUCCACUGAACAGAAAGAAUUGCUGGAGGUGGUGCCGACAAGCUCUGAUCCAUUGAUACCAAUUAAUCCCCUUCCUUUAAACACUAUUGAUCCGUCCAAUGUUGAGGAUGCACCAUCUUGCUCAACACAAGAUGAUACUCUUUCUGGACUAGAUGACGUUGAUAAACAUUUUGUUGAAAAUAUUUUCAACUUGAUGCGGAAAGAAGAAACAUUUUCUGGGCAAGUGAAAGUGUUAGAGUUGAUAUUGCGGAUACAAAAUUCUUCAGUAUUAUGCUGGUUUUUAUCUAAAGGUGGCGUGAUGAUUUUAGUAACAUGGUUGACACAAGCAGCUGAUGAAGAACAAACGAGUGUUCUGCUUGUCAUCUUAAAGGUUCUUUGCCAUUUGCCUCUAUCCAAAGCUCUUCCUGUUCAUAUGUCAGCCAUACUGCAAAGUGUUAAUAGACUGCGGUUUUACAGGACAUCAGAAAUAUCAAACAGGGCAAGGGUUUUGUUAUCAAGAUGGAGCAAGUCUUUAGCAAGAAGUCAAGCUUUGAAGAAACCAAAUGGCAUGAAAACAUCUAAUGAUUCACAAGAAUUAGCAUUGCUGAAGCGAAGUAUUGAUGAAGCUAUAGGCGAUGAUCCAUGGAAUUCAAAUGGUGAUGUUAACGAAGACAUCCUUGCAUUGCCGUUUGAAAGUGCAGAUAAAUUAAGGAAAUCGGAGUCUUCAGAACCAAUGAAGCUAUUGACAGCAUCAUCAGAUGAUUCUAAUAAGAAACACAUCCUAGGUGUAUCUUCAUCCCAAUUUAGAGGACGCAGAAAAGUUCAAUUGGUGGAACAGCCCGGCCAAAAAACAGCGGGGAGAAGUUCACAGGUUGCAAAAACAACACCUGUCAGUCAGGCUCGCCCAAUGUCUGUUGAUGAUAUCCAAAAAGCAAAAUUGCGAGCACAAUAUAUGCAGAGCAAGUAUGGAAAGUCUGCUUCCUCUAAUGAAAAUAAAGAAGUGAAGGCUGAAGGCGUGAACAAACCUCCAAUCGCUCAGGCCAGCAUUUUACCUGUAGUACCUAAUGUUCCAGUUCGGUCUAGUAUUGAGGAAUCCAAGAAACCUGUGACACUUCCUUUGAAAGAGAGGGAAACUCCUGAUAUAAGUUUACAGCCUAUUGGGAGUUUCCAGACUAUUGCUCCAAAGCUGAAAACGGAUAUGAAGGAGCACAUCUGGGAGAAGUGCAGGAGAGUCCAGGUGCCGUGGAAGACACCACCAGAAAUAAAACUUAAUCCAGGAUGGAGGGUUGGAGGUGGUGAGAAUGGCAAAGAAAUGGAAGUCCAGAAAAACAGAAACCACCGCGAGCAAGAAACUAUCUACAAGACAUUCAAGGAGAUACCACCUAACCCGAAGGAACCUUGGGACAUUGAAAUGGUCUAUGAUGACUCAUUGACUCCAGUAAUACCAACAGAACAGCCGCCUGACACUGACUGUACUGAAACACAACCUUCCCAUAGUCGAGAAGUAAAUAAUGCAGCAGAAACGUUGGUUGUUCCUUCUCAAGGAGUAAACAGUGUUGUUUCUAUGGUGCCGCUAACUAAUAUGGCAAGCAGCACAGAUGAACCAGAUCUAGAGCUGCUCGCUGUGCUGCUAAAAAAUCCAGAAUUGGUGUUUGCCUUGACUUCUGGGCAGGCUGGUAACUUGUCCAGUGAGGAUACAGUAAAAUUGCUGGAUAUGAUUAAGGCUGGUGGGGCUGGUUUCGCUGGUAAUUUAAAUGGGUUAGCUAGUAAAAUGGAGGAGAAGGUUGAAGUUUCUCUUCCAUCCCCAACACCUUCAAGCAACCCUGGAACGAGUGGAUGGAGACCAGAAGCUACUAGAAAUGCAUUUUCCCAACAAAACUCGAUGCAGAACAGAGUGAGCCCUGGUUACAGUUCACCAGCAAUGGCGGCCAACAGCAACUUGGUGCUUUCACAGCUUCCAUCUGCUCUUACUAGUCCUCUACCGCAGCGAUUAUCGGCUGCCCAACAAGCAGUACCUGCAUACUCACCAGAGCACGUCCAUCAAUUUCCCCAUACUACAACCGUACCAUCACACUUGCAGCAUAACUAUUCGAACAUGGCUGUUCCUUCUGUUUGGGGUGAAAGCACAAGUAAUGGCAAACCAGGCCCGUCGUAUAACUCAUAUAAUGUUGCAGCGGAAAGGCAACCCAACUCGCUCCCACCGCCCUUCUUGUCCAAUCUGACACACCAACAAAGACGCUCGCCGCAACCACUGCAACAACAAACCCAUUACUCCGAUUCUCCCCAUUAUUCUGAGUCUCCCCAUUACUCUGAGUCGCCUUAUUUCUCUAAACCACCAACUGGGAAACCAGUCCCUCUGUCUGAUUCAUGGAGAGCUGGUAGGCAGGGUAACUAUCAUUAUUUAGAGAACCAAAAUCAGUACUACAAUGCACCAUCAUAUGGAGGACCUUUGCAGCAGCAACCUCAGUUGAGGUCGGGUCCUCCUUAUGAAGGAAACGAAUAUGCGAACAAUGGAGGAGGUUUUGAAUCGUGGAGUCCUCCAGAGGAUAGUCCGGCUAGAAAUGCCGAUUAUAAUAUGCAUGGAAGAAACGCGUACAGGCCUACUGACAGGUCGAGGCAAAGGAAUACUCAGACUCCUGGAUACCGAGAUUAUAGUAGGCAGGGACACAGGUGGCUGGACCGCGGCAGACACUGACUCACUGAGUUGAUUAACAUUGGGAGUGAGACACCUGAGGGUGGAUGUUUGUUAAUAAUGGAGCAUGGAUUGGUAGGGGCACUGAGUCUCUGAGAUUUGAGAUCAGCGGAGCAUUGAAACCAGUAGAGCUUGUAAAAACCAUUAUUGACUGUGAGCGCCUGUGAAACAAAAAGGAAAGACUGAUUCUGACCGAACUUGGAUCGAAAUAUUCAUAACUAAACAGCUAAAAUUUUGGCAACUUGUUUAUUCCUCCACUUUGGGCCAAACCUAUGGACUAUGAAAGUUGAAUUGGGGUUGCUUUGACCACUUUUCCGGCCCUUUGCUUCCCUUCCGGAAAAUGGUCCACAGUACAAUAGGAACGUAAAAAAAUGGUGUGCUGCCAAGAGCACUAAUCCCAGAUUCAAUGUCAAUUACUCAGUUAGCUUGAACGACCCUUUAGGCUAUUGGGGCCAUUUAAUUUGAUAAGACAAACGGAUUGUUUUUUUCUGUUUUUUUCUUUUAAGAAAAGGUAAGCCAGUUUGCGACCAGAUUUGAGCUUUGAA